CCACCUCCUGCUUCUCCUCUUCCUCCUGCAGCCAGACGCUCUUCAUCACCUCCUCCUCCUCCUCUGGGCUCCGGUGGUGGGACGAAUGUCCGGCGGAUGGUGGGAUGCCUUCCUCAGACAGAAAGUUGUGUGAAUGGCUCUGAUUGGCUGACUGACUUCAUCACGGCAGACGGACUCAAACUUGACGUCCCACUCAUGAAUUCUUCCUCUCGUUACCAUAGCGACCGGCGACCUUGGUGGCAGAGAAGGUGUCCGAAUAAUGUUUUGAGUCUCUGAAAGUCUUCAUAGACACAAAGGUUGAAAGCCUGUUUCCGUAGCGACCGAGAUGCAGGUGUCCAUAGCGUGUAACGUGGGAGGGGGCGGUGGUGGAGGCGGGGCCAGUGAGCACCAGCUGAAGGAGCGGCGGGCAGCGGCUAACACCGGCAACGCCCCCUCCAAUCAGGCAAAGGUCAGGGUGGAGCCAACAGUCAGACACACCCUGCUAGGCCACGCCCACAUGAAGGAGGCUAUUGGUCGUCAUAGCAACAUGAAGUACAGGAACCUGGGGAAAUCUGGACUCAGAGUGUCCUGUUUAGGACUGGGAACGUGGGUGACGUUCGGCUCUCAGAUCUCCGAUGAGAUGGCAGAGAACGUGAUGACGGUGGCGUACGACAGCGGCGUGAACCUGUUCGACACGGCCGAGGUUUACGCAUCAGGAAGGGCAGAAACAACUCUGGGAAACAUCCUGAAGAAGAAAGGCUGGAGGAGGUCCAGCUACGUGGUGACCACUAAGAUCUACUGGGGAGGACAGGCCGAGACAGAGCGAGGGUUGUCACGGAAACACAUCAUAGAAGGUCUGCGAGGAUCCCUGUCCAGGUUACAGCUGGACUACGUGGACAUCGUGUUCGCAAACAGGAGCGACGUCAACGCCCCCAUGGAGGAGGUCGUGCGUGCGAUGACCUUUGUGAUUGAUCAGGGUUUGGCCAUGUACUGGGGGACGUCCCGCUGGAAUGUCGUGGAAAUCAUGGAGGCGUACUCCAUCGCGCGGCAGUUCAACCUGGUUCCUCCGGUGUGUGAGCAGGCUGAGUAUCACUACUUCCAGAGGGACAAGGUGGAGCUCCACCUCCCUGAACUCUACCAUAAGAUCGGUGUUGGAGCCAUGACCUGGUCCCCGCUAGCCUGCGGCCUGCUGACAGGAAAAUACAACGAGGGCGUCCCAGAGAGCUCCAGAGCCGCCAUGAAGGGUUACACGUGGCUGAAGGAGCGUCUGCACAGCGAUGAAGGGAAGAAACAGCUGGGAAAAAUCAAAGAGCUCCACCUGCUGGCCGACAGGCUUAACUGCACUGCUGCUCAGCUCGCUAUAGCCUGGUGUCUGCGCAGUGAAGGCGUCAGCUCGGUUCUGCUGGGAGUUUCCAACACCGAGCAGCUUCUGGAGAACCUGGGAUCCAUCAGGGUGCUGACUCAGCUGACUCCGCCCCUCAUUGCAGAGAUGGAUGCGUUGCUCGGCAACAAACCACGGAAGGCCAAGAAGGAGGGAAGGAGCUGAGAAAACCAGGAGGAG